AGAAGUAAACUGCGAAUAAUUUCCUCUACAAAUGUCAACAUACUGUCCUGGAAUAUUUUUAUGUUACUAUCAGUACAUAUUAGUUGUUUUGAAAAGAUAACUCGGGCUUCUCAAUGCUGGUGUCACGAUCCCUAUGGAGACUGAAGCAGCUCAGCCAGAAGAGGGGUCCAAAACUGCGGCUCCGGCCCGGACGAAAAAACCCGCCAUGGAAAUCUACGUGCCCAAGAAACGCCAGGCCGAGAAGAUGGAGAAGCCUCAGGCAGGCGGUGACAAGAAAUCCAGACCCAGGCCCCGGUACACCGACAAGGCCCACAGGAACAAGAAGGGCAAAGCCAAAGCGACAGAGACCCCAAGCGGAGAGGUAAAACCGGAUGACGGGGGGCGGGAGGAGGGAGAUAAAGAAAACCUAAACAUGCACACAGUUAAAGAGGAGGAGUCUAGAGAUGAUACGGACAAUGUAUCCAGAACUAUGAACACACCAGAGGACACGGGUAGUGCACUAGAACAUGAUGGGGUGCCAAAAGAGGAGGAGGAUGAAGGGGAGGACUGGGAUUCUUUCUUUAACGAUGAUGGUGACUGUCUUGACCCACAUUUAGUGGAGGAGAUGUCUCUUAAGGAGGGCCGCAAGAAGCCGUCUAUACAGGAGCCGCGCUUCGACUACUAUAAUUGGACGCCGGAGGAGGAGGUGCAGCUUCGAGAAGAUGAGCUGUCACACAUCGUGGAGAUUUACCACUUCCCGUCUGAGUUCAAGACGGAGGACUUGAUCAGAUCCUUCAGCUCGUUCCAGCAGAAGGGGUUUGACAUCAAGUGGAUUGAUGACACUCAUGCCCUGGGUUUGUUCUCCAGUCCCAUUGCAGCUCGUGAUGCUCUGAGGAUGAAGAACCCCAUGAUGAAGGUCAGGCCUCUCUCCAAAUCAUCAAACACCACUAAAGCCAAAGCACGCAGCUGCUCCGAUUACCUGCUGCCGGCUAAAGAGCGUCCUCAGACGAGUGCGGCUCUGGCACGCCGCCUGGUGAUCGGGGCUCUGGGUGUGAAGAGUAACCAGACCAGAGAAGAGCGAGAGGCCGAGAGGAACAAACUACGGCAGGCGAGAGAACAAAAGCACUUGGCUGCUGAGCAGCGGGAAGACGUCUCGGAGGGCAAAUGAAGACAGGAGUGGGACCUUCAGCAGGACUACUGCCAAACCAGCACGGUCUGAACCAAAGCCACAAGAACAGGGGACACGGGGGUUCAUCGAAGCGAAG